AUGCAUCAUCUAUCAAAGCCCCCCACAUACCCUGAACGCGCGUUGCACAACGCCGACGACAGAGCCAGUGACGACGGUCAACUGCAAUCUCGACUUCGCCAACGAGCUUCAGCACUCUCCCAUCGCAUCAACAUGGAGUGCUCGUUUGGCAUCACAGGCAAGGACUAUGUCCUCCUCGCAUCAGACAUGACCGCGGGUCGUUCUAUCCUGCAGUUCAAGUCGGACGAGAACAAGAUCAAGGCUCUUGGACCUCAUCUUGCCAUGGCUUACGGCGGAGAACCGGGAGACACGAACAACUUUGCCGACUACGUCGAGCGUAACGUCCGUCUCUACAACAUUCGACACAACCACCCUCUCCUUCCUCACGCUGCCGGAAGCUGGAUCCGUCGCACCCUUGCCGACUCGCUGCGAUCGCGUCGCCCGUAUGCUGUCAACCUGCUGCUCGCCGGAUACGACACGACGACAGACGUCCCGCAUCUCUACUGGAUCGACUACCUUGGCACUAAGGCCACCGUCUCGUACGCCGCCCACGGCUUCGGACAGCUCGUCUGUCUGUCCACGAUGGACAAGUACUGGACGGAGGAUGCCGACAAGCGGGAGGGUGUGGAGACGAUCAGGAAGUGUAUCGACGAGGUCAAGAUCCGUCUCACGGUCAAGUUUGACUUCAACUGCAUCAUGAUCGACAAGCACGGCAUCCACCAGGUCGACCUGUCUUCGGAGGACCCCAUCGCUGCCAUCGAGGCGCUCGUCGCCGCUGAGGAGGAGAAGGCUGCCCAGGUCGCCGCCCAGGACCAGGCUCGUGGAGAGGUGCCGGGAGUUCUAUAG